CCGACAGAGGAGGAAGGAAUACAAGUGGGUUUGCCAUAAAGGACAAAAUGAGCAGCUCCCGGGAGGAUUCCCCUGAUUGGCUUCACUGUUUUCGGGCACCAAAUUCUUCAACGGUUGUACUAUCUUCGAAUUCUGAGCAUUCCCGUGAUGCUAGUCCCACAAAGGAAGAUGGAACUGAAAGUGAAGAGGUGUCUUUGAGUAAAUCUCCCAAACUAGAAGAAGAAGAUGAUGAGAAUCUCGGUAAAAUUCUGGGUGAAAGUGGUGCUAAGUCUGCAUCCAGUAAGAAAUCAAGCUUGAAGUCCCUGAAGAAAGGGUCAAAGUUAGGAGGAGAUGACAUACCCCUAGAAAAGAAUGAGUCGGACAAACCCAAGAAAAGAAAAGGUGAAGAUGGG